CGAAGUGAGUGGUAAAAUUGACGACGUGGCAGGUUUGAAUUGUCUUUCGUUUAUCCCUCAAUUUGGUUCAUUCAUUCCCUAGAGGCAAGACUCUCGAUACUCUCCAACAGUUUAUAUCUCCAAAACCUAUCCAUCUCAUGCGAUCAACCUGUGUGGCGGCUUCAUUGGCCGCCCUGUGUUGCUCGAUCGCUCGAGCAGAAGAAGUUUCAUCUACUGUGCUAGAGAAACCUAAAUUCGCGCCUACUUCGAUCAAGGCCCACUUUAUUGAGCAGUUUACCAGUGAUUGGUCAUCUCGAUGGAGUCCUUCAGAGGCUACAAAGGAGACAAGCACAGGAGGCGAAACUUUCAGUUAUGUGGGUAAAUGGGAGGUGGAGGAAGCCACAGUCUAUCCGGCUAUCGAAGGCGACGAAGGACUUGUAGUGAAGAGCCCAGCAGCUCAUCACGCCAUCUCUGUUCCAUUCACAAAAUCAUUGGAUAAUACCGACAAAACACUUGUAGUACAAUAUGAGGUCAAACUUCAAAAAGGUCUUGAAUGUGGAGGAGCCUACAUUAAGUUGUUAAAAGAAUCUCCCACUGGUAUCCAAGCUCAAGAAUUCUCUGACAAGACCGAAUAUACGAUCAUGUUUGGACCCGAUCGAUGUGGAUCAACCAACAAGGUUCAUUUCAUCUUCCGUCACAAGAACCCAAAGACUGGCGAGUAUGAAGAGAAGCAUUUGAAAUCGCCCCCGAUGAUCAAGAACGUCAAGACCACUGCACUCUACACCCUUAUUGUCAGACCUGAUCAAACAUUCAGCAUCAAGAUCAAUGACGAGGAAGCUACCAAGGGAAGUCUUCUGGAAGACUUUACACCUGCUGUCAACCCUUCUAAGGAAAUUGAUGAUGCCAAAGAUACGAAGCCCGCAGAUUGGGUCGAUGAUGCCAAGAUCGUUGACCCUGAAGCCAAGAAGCCAGAAGAUUGGGACGAGGACGCACCACGCGAGAUUCCUGACGAUGAAGCUGAAAAACCAUUUGGCUGGCUCGAUGAUGAACCUCUGACCGUUCCUGAUCCCGAUGCCCAAAAGCCUGAGGAAUGGGACGAUGAAGAGGAUGGAGAUUGGGUACCACCAAGCGUUCCUAACCCGAAAUGUGAAGAUGUACCUGGAUGCGGUCAAUGGGUCCGACCAAUGAAGUCCAACCCUGCCUACAAAGGAAAAUGGACUGCACCUCUUAUUGACAACCCAGCCUACAAGGGUGUCUGGGCUCCUCGAAAGAUUCCUAACCCAGACUACUUUGAGGAUAACACUCCAUCGAAGUUCGAACCGAUCGCUGGAAUUGGAAUCGAGUUGUGGACCAUGCAAGAGAACAUUCUAUUUGAUAACAUCUACAUUGGUCACUCCGAAGAAGAUGCCACCGCAUUCGCCAAGGAAACAUUCCACGUCAAAUCAGCUAUCGAGAAGAAACUUGAGGAUGCUGAGAAGCCUGCAGAUGAUAAGGCUGACAUCAACACUGAUGAUAUCCCGGCCCUCAUGGAGGACCCUAUCCAAUUUGCCAAAGGUCACACCAAGGCUUUCAUCAGUCUUGCACUUAUUGAUCCCUCCCGAGCGAUCAAAGAGAUGCCAAUUGCCGCUUUGGCUAUUGGUGGGGCCCUUGCUAGUAUUCUCGGAACUCUAUUACUUCUAUUGACUGGUUCAUCAACACAACAAGUCAAGAAAGUCAAGAAGACUUCAAGUAAGAAGACUGAUGCAGCUAGCGCAGAUGAUAAGGGUGCAGCAGAAAAGGUAGCUGAUGCUCCAAUUGCAGGUGAAAAGAAAACAGAUGGUGAAGUAAAGAAACGAAAGUAGUGAAAGCAAAGAAGCCCGUGUAAUCCAAUACCAAAAAUGCUCUCUCUUUGUGCGUGUUUGUGCGUGUUGAAGGUUAAGAAUCUAGAGAUAGAAAAGUGAAUUAGAAAGAUUUCAAGGAGGGUGGACAAAUGAUGAUGUUUUUCUCUCUAUCAGAGUCGAGUUGGAGAAAGUAAAUCAUGGGUUAAAGAACAGUUGACGAUGGGCUUAUAUUGUAUAUCUUCUCACUCAAAACAUUUUUUCUUUCUUUUUUUUGCCUUGUUUGAUGAGAUUAUAUCAAUGAAUUUUUUUGACUGCAAAUAACAC